AGAGCAAAUUGGGGAUAGGUGUCAGUUAUAUACUUGGUAGUUUCAUGCUUGUAUAUCAGUUGCGAAGUAAAUGUUAAUACUUAUAGACCGUCUAAUCUAAAACACUGCAUAGCACUUAGGGAGAGCAUAUUGAACUGAGUUAAAAUGCCGCCGGACGUAGAUGGCAGUGAAACAAUAAAGCCAGUAGAAGAAAACGUAGUGGAAACUUCGUUCUCUCGUACCAAAGACGGAAGCACGAUGGGCUCCGAUAAUGGGUCAGAUGGAAAAAAGGAAAAGAAAGAGAAAGAGGACGUACCCACCGUUCCCUACUAUAAACUUCUUCGCUUCGCUACUGGCAUCGAUUACCUUCUGAUGACCAUAGGAACAUUGGCGGCUGUUAUACAUGGCGCAGGUCUACCCGUCAUGUUCAUUUUCUUUGGCCAACUUACCACUGAGUUUACAACUUAUGGUCGAUACUUACAAUGCCAGCUACAAUAUAAUAUCUGCUACGCAAUGAACUUGACAACACUGAACGAAUCGGAAUGGGACACAACAGUAGCUCCGACUUUAAAUGGAUUCAAGGACGAGUCAUUGAAAUAUGUCUACUACUUCGUGUACAUCGCGUGCGCGGUCCUUUUCUUUGCGACCAUCCAAGUCGGCUGUUGGUCUUUGGCGUCAGUCAGACAGACGAAGCGGAUCAGGGUCGCUUACUUCCGUGCUAUUUUGCGGCAGGAUAUGGGAUUUCAUGACGUCACUUCAUCUGGUGAACUAAACGUCCGACUAUCUGCUGACGUUAAGAAGAUCAAAGACGGGAUUGAUGAAAAAGUUUCUCUUACAACCCAGUACCUCAGCAUGGGAUUAAGUGGUCUCAUAAUCGGCAUCGUGUACGCUUGGAAACUGGCGUUGGUGUCACUGGCAGUCUCUCCAUUACUAGGGGUGUCAUCAACGCUUAUGUUCACGCUCACUGGGAUAUACACCAAGAAAGAACUAGCAGCAUAUGCUAAGGCUGGGUCGAUCGCAGAAGAAGCGAUAUCAGCUGUGAGAACCGUGGUUUCUUUCGGGUGUCAACAGAAGGAAGUUGAAAGAUACGCUGGGAAUCUUGGAAGCGCAAAAAUCGUUGGCAUCAAGCGUGGCUUCGUGUCUGGCUUUAGUAUUGGACUUCUAUACAUGUCAAUGUUCGGUUUAUACGGUUUGUCGUUCUGGUAUGGUACCACGUUGGUGUUGAGUGGUGAAAUUACUGUCGGAAACAUGAUGACAACGUUCUUCAACAUUCUCAUUGCGGCGUUUGCACUUGGAACGGCUGGCAGCUAUUUCGAGUCGUUCGCUGGCGCUAAGGCUGCAGGUGCAAGCAUCUUCAGCGUGAUUGACCGCAUUCCAACUAUUGACAUCUUUUCUGACAAAGGAGAAAAUCCCAACCCUGAAGAUGGAUCCGUACAACUGAAGGACGUUAAAUUUACCUAUCCGUCACGUCCAGAUACGCAGGUUCUGAAGGGAGUAUCCUUAUCUAUUGAACAUGGUAAGACGGUUGCGCUUGUUGGGCAAAGUGGAUGCGGGAAAAGCACGAUCAUUCAACUUGUACAACGAUUUUAUGACGUACAGGAAGGUUCAGUCACCGUUGGCGGAAAAAACGUGACGGACGUUAACGUUCGAAAACUGCGGGAACUUAUCGGGGUCGUCGCUCAAGAGCCUGUGCUGUUCGCUACUACUAUUGCUGAGAAUAUCCGCUGGGGGCGCGAAGGAGUAACUGACAGGGAAAUCGAGCAAGCAGCCCGACAAGCAAACGCAUACAACUUCAUCAUGAAGCUACCCAAUAAAUUUGAAACGUUAGUUGGCGAAAGAGGUGGUCAAAUGAGCGGAGGACAAAAGCAGAGGAUUGCUAUAGCUCGCGCCAUCGUACGGAAUCCGAAGGUUCUUCUGCUGGACGAAGCAACGUCCGCUCUCGAUACAAAAAGUGAAUCGAUCGUUCAACAAGCACUGGAAAAAGCAUCUGCAGGUCGCACUACAGUGGUUGUGGCACACCGGUUGUCAACCAUACGAAGUGCUGAUAAAAUCUUUGCUUUUCACGAGGGAUUGCUGAAAGAAGAAGGAAGUCAUGAAGAACUCCUCAAGAUCAAAGACGGAGUUUACAGCAACCUCAUUAACAUGCAAGCAGGAAGAGAAAAGGAGGAGGAAAACGAAAAACUCCCGGAUCCAGAUGAACUGAUUGAAACGGAUAUUCCCGAAGUCCAGUUUUCUUCCGACGCACAACAAAGACGAAGAUCCCGCACGAUGUCCGGCUCAUCUGUAUCGAGUCUUAUGAACAGAAGGGGUUCAAUGACGCUUGCGAAGACUUACUCACAACGAUCCAACAGCAAACAAGUCAACGGAAUUGGACACGAAGUCGAGAGCAAAGACGACGAAGAGGAAGAGGACAUCCCAGAUGUUGGAUUUGGAAGAAUUCUUAAGUUGAACCAGCCAGAGUGGUAUUACAUGGCAGGUGGGUGUGUGUUUGCUGCAAUUGCUGGAGCCGCAGAUCCGGUGAAUGCGAUUUUGUUCGCUGAGGUUCUUACCAUAUUUACGCUGACCGACGUUGAAGAACAAAAGGCGAAAGCAGUCUUGUACGCUCUUAUUUUCGUGGGUGUUGGAGUCGUCACUUUUAUUGCUUACUGUUGCGAGGCGACCCUUUUCGCCAAGUCUGGCAUGGAACUCACAGUUCGACUUCGCAUGAUGGCUUUCCAGGCCAUGAUGAGACAGGACAUCGCAUACUUUGACGACCAUAAACACAGCACUGGCGCACUUUGCACACGACUUUCAACCGACGCCUCAAGGGUACAAGGAUGCACUGGUGUUAGGAUUGGAACCGUGAUUAAGAACUUCAGCUCACUUGGUGUCGCACUUGGAAUAGCAUUUGCAUAUGGGUGGAAACUUACAUUACUGACAAUGGCUUUUAUCCCAUUCCUUAUUCUCGGAGGCUUGCUAGAAAUGCAGCUGCUUAUCGGAAAAGAAGAAAAAGAAAAGCAAGCUUACGAGGGAGCAGGUCAAGUAGCAGGUGAAGCCAUAAACAACAUACGUACAGUGGCCUCUCUAACCAAAGAGAAAACGAUUUACGAGCUUUACACUGAACAACUUGUUGGACCAGUAAAGAAAGCGACCCAAAAAGUGCUGCUGGUUGGGCUUGGCUACGGAUACUCCCAGUGCGUGCUGUACUUCGCAUAUGCCGCUGUGUUUCGACUUGGAAUCGAACUCGUUAUUCUGCAAGAUAUGUCGUUCGAAAAUGUCUUCAAGGUAUUGACGGCUGUUAUAUUCGGAGCUAUGGCUGUGGGUCAGAAUAGCUCGUUCGCUCCAGAUUUCGCCGAAGCCAAAGUAUCUGCUCGACGAAUGUUUGCACUAUUUGAUCAAACUCCUGAGAUUGACGCUUACAGUGAUGAAGGCGCUUCACCGGCACAUUGCAAGGGUGAGAUCACUCUUAAAGCAGUUCACUUCCGCUACCCAACCAGACCAGACUUACCGGUGUUGAAAGGCCUUGACGUGACGAUCAAACCCGGUCAGACGUUGGCUUUGGUUGGCCAAUCCGGAUGCGGCAAAUCGACCACAGUGCAGCUGGUGGAAAGGUUUUAUGACGCAGAAGAAGGGCAAGUGUUGAUUGACGGAGUUGAUGUCAGGAAACUUAACGUGAAAUGGUUACGACAACAAAUGGGACUCGUUUCACAGGAACCCAUGCUUUUUAACCAGAGCAUCAAAGAAAAUAUUUUGUAUGGCGACUGUGCACGAACACCAAGUGACGCAGAAAUAGACGAGGCGGCUAAAAACGCCAAUAUCAAAAACUUUAUCCAAGAUCUGCCGGAGAAAUUCGAUACGAUGGUUGGUUUGAAAGGCGGCCAGUUAUCUGGUGGUCAGAAGCAGAGAGUGGCCAUUGCAAGGGCACUCAUCCGUAACCCGAAGAUUCUUCUCCUUGACGAAGCCACGUCAGCGCUAGAUACCGAAAGUGAAAAAAUCGUUCAAGACGCGCUAGAUGCCGCACGGAAAGGUCGAACCAGCGUCGUAGUUGCGCACAGACUCUCAACUGUGAAAAAUGCGGACCAGAUCGCUGUAGUGGACAAUGGUGUCGUGGUAGAAAUCGGCACACACGAGCAACUUAUUGCGGCCAAGGGCCCAUAUUUCAGUUUGGUGAACGCCCAACUUUCCGAAAAAGAUCGUAACGGUGAAGAUUUUCUCGUGAAACUCAAGUGAAGAAACCGCCAACUUAACCUUUUAGUUUGUUUAAAGUUCUAUAUUAAGCAAAUAAAUAUUUUAAGUUAGUGCAAAACGUGACUUUUAAUGUUCCCCGCCCCACGUUAUAUAGUGAAAUAUAUACUGACACUCGUUUAUUUGUGUGCGUUAUUUAAUUGGACUUAAAAUUAAACGUAAAGCAUUUUCUGUGAUUUUCGUAAAACUUUUUGUAAGUUUUGUUUUUCAUACAUGAUGAAGUGUAUUUUUACAAUUUUCCACAACUAAAAUUUUUUUGGAGGUUGAGUAAAGAUGGGACAUCUUAUUUUAUUUUAUUUUCUUAAUUAAUCGUAAGCAUAGAACUUUCAAGAAAUUAUAAAACCGUAUCCUCACGACUCUUAUGGACCGUUGAUAUUUGUUUAAAAUGGGGCCAGGAUAUUUGAAUAUUAUGUGCUAAAGAUGUCCCGUCUCCCCCCACUCUAUAUAUGCAUAACUAGAUUGCACAUUUGGUGUCCAUAAUUAAAGCGCCCCAGCUAAAGAAGUUUAAUCCAAAGGUUGGAUCAUGAAGGAAAAAGAAAACUCCCAAAAAUAAAUUCUAUGAAUAGAUCACAGUGAGCUUUUUCAGGGGCACACUUACGGAUAACAUAGUUAAUACAUUAUACAAAGU